UUUGAUAUUGUAUAAACAUAAAAUGAAGUUAGGGAGAUACAUUUCCAUAUAUUAUUAGAAUUGUGGAAACACAGCCUUAAUAGUUGCUGAAGGUCUAACUUCAGGACAAUUUUGAAGAAAUUCACAAACAUUUGUAUUUUAAGAGUAUCAUCUCCAAGUUUGAAUGAAAACAGUUAGAUUAGUAAAGUUUAGUGGUAUUAUCAUCUGUAUUCCUUAUCACCACAGAGUAUUCUACAUUGAGCAGGAAACAGGAAUAAAUGUCAUACUGAAAGACAUGAUUUCAAAAGAAUAUCCUGUAUUUGUAGCUUUUAUUGUCAAAUAUUUUGAAAAAUAUGUUGUUUCUAUAAUUCUAGACAUAACUACACUAUAUAAUAAUACUUUGGUUUGUGAGGAUAAUUAAUUCCAAAAGACAUACUUGUAAUCCAAAGCACUUUUCUAUCAAAGUGAAUUUCCUUAACAGAAAUAAUGGAAACACAGAUGAUUCAUUCCAAAACCCAAAAGUGCUCAUAUAAAAACGAUUAUAAGACUGUAAUAUACUACAAAAUAAUAAAGAAAAUACAAAAUAUAAAGAAAAAUAAAUUAACCUGCAAAUAGACCUUCAAAAGGAGACUAGAGAAGAGGGUUAUUGUGUAGGACAAUUUUCUCUACUGGAAUCUUUUGGCUGAAUGGAGUCUUUUUCUUUUUGUGAAGCUUUAACAAGAACCCUAUCCAAUGCCACUUGCUUUUGCCUCCUUUUGAGGAUUUCAUGGAAAUAUGACAUUGCCUUGUCGUUACACAGAUUCAUUGCUUUUACUGCAGCAGCCUUAUUCUGAUGGUGCUUUCCUACAAAAUUUUGCACUGUUUCCCAUGUUUUACACAUCUCCCUAAUCUCAUUUGAAGUGAGCUCCUCUGCCUUUUUCUCCUCUUCCUCUACAGAUGAGAUCUCCAUAAUCUCCGGCUGUUCGGAGCCCAUAACCCACAAUCCUGCAGGGAGAGAGACAGGGAGGGAGGGAGGGAGGAGAUCCGUUGGCUCACUUGUGAUCAUGUGAGGUUUGGCCCACUAUUAGUACUGUGAAAAAUCCCUUGUUCAUCACAUUUCUUGAAGAACACUCACAGAACAAGUUACUCACCAUCCAAGUUUCAGCUUAUGUGGAGUUGUUGAAGCCACCUAUAAACCCAUUUACUGAAUUUAUGGAGAAGCCUACAAGUCAUGGCAGUCAGUCAGAGGAACUCUCUGCCCAUCUUAAAACUACAUCAGAGGAAGAACAUUUACCACGGAGUGCCAGUGAAAAUCACCUCAGCUGCCUGAAGCAGGACACCCUAAGUGAUGAAAAGACUGAAUUGGAGGCAACACUUAAGGAAGCUGAGUUGGCAACAUGUUCUAUAGAAUUACUUUUGCCAUUAUUUAAGAACGCCGUUGAAGAGAUUAAUUUUGCCAAUGCCAGUGUUUCUGCACCCAAUUUGAAGAAGAUUUCUGAACAGAAGGAAAUAUUAACAAAAGAAUUAAAUACUUUUAAACAUGUAAAACUAGCUUUAGAAUAUCUUCUUAGAAAGACAGACUACAGACAAACAGGAGACAAUUUACCAAGCAUGUUGUUAAAGAAUCUAACUGAUAAUGAAAGUGAAAACAUUAAUCUUAAGAAGAAGGUCCUUGAAAAGGAGAACUAUAUUCAAGAACUUUCCUGUUUGUUUCAGAAUGAAAAGGCAAAUACAUUGAAAGCAACCCGUUUUUCUCAAUCAGUAAAAGUAGUACAUGAACGAUUGCAGCACCAAAUAAAUAAAAAGGAAGCAGAGAAUGAUAAGUUAAAAGAAUACAUAAAGCGCUUAGAAACCAAAAUAGCCAAAUGGAACUUGCAGUUGAAAACAAAUAAGCAUGAGGCUGUAGCCAUGAAAGAAGCAAGUAAGCAAAAAGCUAUAGCUCUAAAAAAGGCAUCUAAAAUCUACAAACAUAGGCUUGACCAUUUUACAGGAGGUGUGGAACACCUCACAUCCCAAAUUAGGGAUCAGGAAGCCAAAUUGUCUGAAACAGUUUCAGCUUCCAAUGCCUGGAAAAACCAUUAUGAGAAAAUUGUAAUAGAGAAAACUGAAUUGGAAGUUCAGAUUGAAACAAUGAAAAAGCAAAUUCAUAACCUUUUGGAAGAUCUGAAGAAAGUGGAAGCCCAUGGAAAAAAUUCCUGUGAAGAGAUUAUUAGAGAACUUCACUCAAUUGAAUAUGAAAACGAAACUCUCAAUCUUGAGAAUACAAAACUAAAGACCACACUUACUACUUUGAAGGACGAAGUUGUUUCUGUUGAAAGUGAACUCUUAGAACUGCAAGAAGUAGAAAAACAACAGAAAGGCCUUAUUGAAAUGUACAAAACUCAGGUGCAAAAGUUGCAAGAAGCAGCUGAAAUGGUGAAAACCAGAUAUGAAAAUUUGCUACAUGAAAAUAACCUAAUAACAGAGAACAAAAAUAAAAAAUUAGAGAUGAUGAGAGGCCAGAUGGAGUCUCAUCUGCAGGAGGUAGAGCGGGUCCGAGAUUCCUUGACGGCGGCCAAACGGAGGCUUCGGGAAAGUCAGGAGAACUUGCAGCGCUGCAAGGCGAAGUGUGCAGAGCAGGCACAAACCUUUAGGGAGCUGCAGGGCCAGGUUGAUGGAAAUUAUAGUAUUCUGACAGAGCUUUCUCUUGAGGAGGAAAAUUAUCUUAUUCAGUUGAAGUGUGAAAACCUGAAACAAAAAUUAGAACAGAUGGAUAUAGAGAAUAAAGAACUUGAGAAGAAGCUGGCAAACCAAGAAGAAUGUCUUAAGCACAGCAAUCUGAAGCUUAAAGAGAAAUCUGCAGAAUAUUCAGCAUUGGCCAGGCAACUAGAAGCUGCUUUAGAAGAAGGAAGACGAAAGGUUUCUGAAGAAAUAGAGAAAACGUCAUCUAGAGAGAGGGCUUUACAAGUGAAAAUAUUAGACCUGGAAACUGAGCUUAGAAAGAAAAAUGAAGAACAAAACCAACUUGUUUGCAAAAUGAACAGUAAAGCUCAACAUCAGGAAGUAUGUUUGAAAGAAAUACAACAUAGUCUUGAGAAGUCGGAGAAUCAAAAUGAGAGUAUUAAGAAUUAUUUACAGUUUCUUAAAACGUCCUAUGUAACAAUGUUUGGAUAAAUUGCUGAUAUUUUCUAUAAGCAGUAGGUUUUAACAAAGUCUAAAAUGUGGUUAGGUGAAAAAACACUACUGGUUGUUACAUCUCAUGAUUUAUGGGUAGUAGUAGUGGAUUUUUUUUAUGUAAAGACAUUUGAAACAUAGUUUAUUGUGUAAUUGAAACUUCAAAACCUGACAGCUGUUAAUAUUCCUUUUUGCUUGAAAAUUCUCAUCUAGCUCCUGAAAAAUAUGUUGUAUUUUUACAGUUUUUUUCUCACGCAUGUACGGAAGUCAGAAUCAUUCUUUGUGAUGUCUAUAGCUACCAUUCAAGUGAAUUUUUAAUAAUUCAGGCCAAUUAUGAGUCAAAUGCAUGAUUUUAAAAUAAUAUAGAUAAUCAUUUUAUAUUGUGGUGCUAUAUAAAUGUAAUAAAAAUUUUGAAUUUUAAUAUUUAAUAAUGGUACAAUCACAUACUUCCCAAAGAUACCAAAUGUGUGAAUAUAUUUAAUAUUGCUUCACAUAUAUGCUGAGUUGCCUGUGUAAUUUGUUAUGUUUUAAAUAUAAAGUUUUAAGUUAAUAGCUAUGAAAUGCCAACCAGUGGUGACUGAUGAAAAUACAUUGGCAUGCAUUGUUUCUAUAUAAAAAAUAGACAUCCAGGCUGUCCUGUGAACUCACAGCCUUUUUGUUCGCUAUGUUAAGGGAUCAUCUGAUACUGCUGUAGACAUCGUAAAGCCCGAGUUAGCUAGCAUAUCAAAGGAGAACAACUUGUCCUACCCCUCUCAUGGUGACUCACACGGGAUAGUCAAAAUAAGCACUCUUAAUACCACCAAGCUUUAGGAUAAGAUCUUUAUUAUUGGGAUGAAGUAAAGAGAAACCAAAAACUUGUUCCCUGUAAUCUCCCACACUGUGUGCCAAGCAGGAUGCUCUGUAAAGGGACAGACGUGGUUCGCAAGGGAUCAAGUGAUAGUGAGUCCUCUUGGACAACUUCAGAGCUGUUUUUUCGGAGGAAUGCUUGAGUCUUGAAAGGUCACUCAGAGAGGCAGAUUACGUACUACACAGUCCCAGCCCAUGAACAGAGAGAGCGGCCUCUCCAAGGUGUUCUGUCUUCUCUGAUCAGAAAAGGAGCUGGCUCUCCACUCAGCCCUUCGCUCCAAAGACUGCCAUUGCGUCCACAGAGGCUGACUUACUGGUGACCCAAAUGCUUCAUUGUAUUUUUUUGUUUUGUUUUGAAAUAGCAAAAUAUGGAAUAUCAGAAACUGGUCACUUUUUGCCUAACAAUUGCUGGCAAGGUCAAAUGUUGCUCAUUUUUAAAAAACCAUAGUACUUGUGAACCUAAAAAAAAAAACCCAAAAAACUUUACCCUUUAGACCCUUCCUUAAUUCUAAAGCAAAGGGAGCCUUAAGAUAUGCCCACACAAAAGGCUUAUGUACUUUCUACUAGACUGUGUUCUGUGGUUUGAAGGCAGAACUGUGUCUUACUCACGUUUCUGUCUCAGUCCUACAUAAUACUUGAUAUAAAGUGGUGCCCAGUUGAUGUUCAUGGAUAGAUAAACAGAUGGAAGUUGAGAGACAGGUAUUCAUAUUCUUUUCAAUAUGGAAAAAAAUGUAAGCACAGAGGAAUUAGCUACCAUGAUCAUGGUAUAAAGCUUAAGUUUUAGAGUUGGCAUUGAAUUCAAGUCUUCUGGCUCCAAAAUUCAAGCUCUGUAUGCAGUGCUGGUGUGGCAGUGGCCAUGGAAGCAGCCCAGCAGCAGCACUGCAGUUUACUGAACACUUACUAAAUGUGACACAUAUAUCGACUCACUUUUCAGGAAACCAAGACCCUUAGCCCAUUUCCUUUGGCUUGUACCACUGGUGGUAUAUGCAUGAAAGUCCCAUUCGUGGCUUGAACCACCCAAUGGGACUGUGCCGUGCCACCUGAUGGGACGGUCACGUGUGUACCAGCAGUGAGUGAUUCUGAGCCGCCCAGCAGCAAGAUAUGAAUUGCGACCAGUUGUAAAUGUGUUAAAGGUAAAAUGACUUGAUCCUUGUUCUACUUCUAGAAUGUCUGCCCUUAGCUAUGAUCACCUUCAUGUUCAGUUCAUAAGGUAGCAAUUUCCUUUUACAGUAAUGGACUUAUUUAUUGAUGCUUUUUAAAAAAAUAGUUUUAAGGUUUUAUUUUCAUUAAUGUAACUUCUAUCUGUGGCAUUUAGAAAAUCGACACCUGCAGUAUUUUAGAUAGACUUACCACAAAGUCCUUAAGGCCGGUACUUAGCUGAUAGUGACACAGCAUGACAGGAAGAGGCUCACUUACUUCUGUGCCUAGUGGUCCCAUGUGAAGGCUUCAGUGCCUGCAGGGCCCUGGAGUCGGUACCUCGUGUCCCUGAACACGAGUAUUUCUGCUUCCAGCUUUCCACCGUGCCAGGAAGCCUGUUUCCCACAGUUCUAAUAGGUUUGCCAAAUUUUCCCUUUAUGCUUGGUAGCCAGGGCCUCAAGAUGAUACUAUGAGGUUGUAAAAGACUUCUCUCAUUGUCCAUGCUAUUAUUACUUCUUCCCAUGCUCCUUGCUUCCUCUGAGAUCUGGUCUCCAUGCAACUUGGGCCUUUCUCAACGGGAGAUCUGUCACUGGGUCUCUUGUGAGGUAUUUCUUCCACCUGAUUUUUCUGACUGCUAGUGUGGUUUUGAGUUUGCUCAUUCUCUUUUUUCUGCUGGAAUGUUGAAUUUUCAAUUAAAAACGUG